CCCGCUCGCCCCGCUCGAGCUCAUUUUGUCUCGCGCAUAAAAGCCGAUCAUUUGCGCUCUCUUAUCUGCUCAUCUGGAAGCCCAUCCGCACAAGUAUGGCUAUCCUUUAAGGGAAUUCGAUGAAAGUCGGCGCUGCAACCAGACCUUAUCAACGGUGCGGACGAUGGAUCGUAUGUACAAUGACAGACGGACAGUAGUGUGCAGCAUAAUGUGCAACUGUGUUGAGUGAUUAAUGACGAGGAAGGCACGGGGGAGAAGAUCGGUUGAAGCUAAUGUGCUCUCGGAUCUGUGGCAGUGGCCGAGAAACGAAAGUCCUUGGGCAGAUCGCAUUCGAUAGCCAGGCAUCCACCCGUUUUAUCCCAAUACCUUGUUUAUUUAAAUAUCUCGGAGAGAGAUAGGACGAGAGCUGAUCGGUGAUCACGGAUAAGUGGCAGUAAUUAUCGCAGACUAGUUAUUUGCGAUCGGUGUAGUGUGCCAAUAGGCUUCGUUAAUCCUCGUAAUAGGAUUACGUAAACUCAAAUGAUUAAUGCUUUUUUAUCGAUUAAUUUGUGCGCGUUUAUCGUGUGUAUGUACUCACGUGUAUAUUUACACUCGAAGCACUCGUAUUGUUGCCGCAAAUUGUGCCUAAUCAUUUGCAAGAUAAAAAGCAAUAAAUUAAAUUGAAAGCAUUUGCACUGGGCGUUUUAUUAAUAGAGAAAGUUUCUUUAUCACUUGCCAUUUGGAGCAGUUUUUAUUUUCCUCUUGUUUUCAAGGCAGACAUUCGAUGUUUGUUUAUGGUGGGGGAAUCAUCAUUUAAUCCUUAUCAGUGAUUAAGUUCACCAGAUUAUAAUAAAAUUCUUUGCAUUAUAGAAUGUAACGAGCAGUUUAUUUGAAGAUUAAGUAAAUGUUUGUUGGACUUGAAGAAAUUUGGCCUACGCAUUUCCUUCCCAUUACAUUGAUCAUCGAUAGUGAAUUGUGUCAGGAUACUCGUAGCUCGAGGCAUUUGUAUAAUAAUUAGUAGAUUAUUGUGGGAUAAUUUCAGUUGGCUGUAUCGUAAUAAUGCCUGCUAAAUUGAGUAAAUUUGCCAUCGAGGCUAGUUGUAGACAAUAUGCCCAUCCAUGGUCCGACUCUUGUAUUAGUACCACUGCUGGCUUAGGUCUUCAAGCGUUGCAGGACUGCAUCAGGAUAUACUCGACACUUUAUUUUAUUACGCUUUUAACGAAAGGACGAAUUCCAACAAUAAUUGAUAUAAAAAGGACAUUCUCAAGCAUUAUUCAAUCUACUGUAUUUUUAUCAUGGAGCGCCUUCACCUAUUCAAUGUUCAUUUGCUUUUUUCGGAGGAUUUUGGGACAUUUUAAUAUAUUAACAGUAUCAUUUAUUCCUUCGUUUUUCUCGAGUCUCAGUGCAAUUGUAUUAGAAAGACCAUCGAGGCGUACUAUGCUAUGUUUAUAUGUUUCCAACAUUGCUACAGAAACUUUAUUCAGGAUGGCAGUAUCAAGGGGAUAUGCUUGUGCCGUUCCAAGAGGAGAGGUUUACAUAUUUGCCGCUGGCAUGGUAACAUUGUUAUACUUCUUUAGAAGUAAACACAAUAAUAACGACUCCAUUUUCAAAAUAAUAAGAAUUAUACUUGGUUCGUACGAAGAAAAGGGAUAUAAACAACGAAGCGAUAAUCAGUCGACUAAUACAAUCAGUCCCUCUCGAGCUAAAACAGUUAAUGUUAAGAAAACAAAAUCGAUAUUUAAUUUAGUAUGGAAAUCAUUAAAAUUGUACGAGCUUAUGAUUAAGAAAAUAAAAAUGAUGGGAAAUAGACAUUCAUCGUGUCCGCAUCCAAACAGUUGCAUAUAUUAUGUUUUAGAAGGUGGCGUAAAAAUAUUUAGUUUAGGUGUUUGUGUGCAAUUUGCACUGAAACUGAUCUUUCAAAUGAAAAAUAUAGUACAAAAACAAAAGCAGUUUAAGAAAAUAUUCUUUCAAAAAGGAAACUUCAAGUUAGCAUGCUUUCUCGCUGGAUUUUCCAGUUCUUACAAACUAAUAUCCUGCUUUUUAAGAAGAGCGUAUAAUAAGGAUUCAUCGCAAUAUGCUAUUAUUGCUGGCUUAUUAGCAAGUUUAUCGUUUGUUAUGUAUCCGGAUAACACAAUUGCGCUUUAUGUUGCAUGGAAAGCUCUUCAGUUGCUGUGGAACAGCGGCGUCGAAAGUGGAAAAGUACCUGAAGUCAAAUGGUUUGUGAUAUUUUUAUAUUGCUUUAGUACAGCUGUUUUAUUUCAUGCUGCAAUCGUUGAACCACAAAAUUUACGAACUUCGUAUUGGAAAUUUUUAUACAGUCUAUCGGGCGGAAGAAUUGCAUCCAUGUCUCGUAUACCAAUCGAUGAAUUUGGUUUAGAAAGCAACAAAUAUUUGCAAGACAUUCUUAAGAAAACACAAACACACGAUAAACAUAUCUAUUCUUUUUAAGAGUAAAAAUUACAUAUUUUUAUUGAUUAACAACACCAAAGACAUUCCACGGAUAAACGAAAGAUAAAUAAUUAUUACAAUGAUUACUUUUUUAAUGGAGAAACAGCAAAGCUUAAUUCAAU